AUGAAAUUGAUAAUUUUUGCCGUUUUCUUCGGGACCGCUGUCACAGCUCAGCCCGUACCAGACAAUGAUCUUCAUAAAGAGAUUAAUAUUCUUCACUUAAAAUAUGACAGAAACCCCGCGGGUAGUUAUGAGUUUAGUUUCGAAACUGAAAAUGGAAUCAAACGUAUCGAGAAUGGAGAAAUAAGAGAAGUUCUUGACGAGGAGAAUAUUUCUCAUCCUGUCGUUGUUGUUCGCGGCUUUUACUCCUACCCCAAAGAAGACGGCACGCCCGAGACCGUCACCUACUACGCUGACGAAACCGGCUAUCAUGUUGAGAGAAGCUCCACUCGCAAACCCGUCUUAGUAUCUUCUUCUUAA